ACAUGGCCCAGGGGAGGGUUGCGAAAUAAAGUCGGUGCCAAAAGAGAAGUGUGCGUUGUUCGCUCAGUCCAGGUAUUGCCCGCAGCCGCUCAGCCAUGUGCGCUGACAUUUGUGAUGUGAACUUUCCCUGAGAAGGCACGUUGUCGAAUCCCCGGAGUUACUCCCGACAUCUGCUCCCUAUGAAGAAGCAAGCGGCUCCCUGCAAACUCAAGGUAAGAUAAAGGAGGACCUAAAUAAAACGAAGCAACUAGGGAGUGAGUUGGUGUUGUGUGAAAUCUGGUUCGCAGGUUCGAUGAGUAGGGACAGAAGACACUCACUACCGGCACUCUUCUUCAUGUGUCUAGUGUUUCUGCUGCAUAUUAAUGCAUCAGAUUCAUGGCGUGCUUUCAUCAAAAACACAAUAGGAGCGGCAGGGAGCUGUCGGGAAAAGAUCGAUAAUCUGGCUAGUACCCUGCUUCCAAGUGUGGUGCGAUAUGAAGUUUUAUCAGAUACAGACGUUGAAAAUCUGACUGUUUGCUGCUUUAUCAGUAUCACCGCUCAUCAGCUGUCCUACACAUUCAGCAACCUAUCGAAAAACUUUAAAAAUGAUUCCAAAAUUGCCAACGAGAUAUCAAACUGGCUGUCAAGAGUUUGCUGUGGACGGAAUGCCGCAGUCCAGUGUCCUGAAUCGUGUUUGACUCCAACACCAAGGAUUGUGACAGGGUGUACAAAUAACCUCUUUGAAUAUGCUAAGACUAUCCUUCUUCUAUAUGAAAAGUUAACAGAGCAAAGUGAUUCCAAAGUUCAAGACUCAAACAUUCUCAGCCUCCUGAGAAAUCACAGCACUUCCAUUGAUUUGAAUUCUUGUGUGCUUAAUCUUUACAACGGAUUGCCCUCCAACAAUUUCUUCACAAGCUUAUGCUCUCAGUAUUUGUCUACUACGAGCCCACCACCACAGACCUCCACUUCCAUGAUGCCUACCACACAGACUGCAAUGAACAAUGAGCUUAGCACCAGCAGAGAAGGCACAACCACUCCAGACAGCUUGGUGACAGAAGUCAAUCAUCAGCGACCUAGCACCACCGAGGAAGCGUCAACAGCCGAGCCAACUCAUCAUGAUGUCAACUUGUCACGCACAGAAACCAGUUGGGGUGGACCUAGAUCUAAAAGACAGCCUCUGUCCCACCCUACUGUUCUCUACUCACAGACUGCAAGUGUAGCCGAUGCCAAAGCAGGAAAAGUUGUGUUCAAGUUAGAUGCAAAGAACAGCAAGAACAACACGACUAUAUUGGUUAUAACCGCUGUUCCAUUGGCAGUGAUUAUCUUGGUUAUCGUGUUCUUCUACACAUUCAAGAAAAUAAGGACGCAGAGGAGGAGCUAUCAGACAUGGUCCUUUCAAAAUUCUGCACUAUAUACUAGCAAUAGCUGUGCAGAAGACACCUUUAACGAUCUUUAAAGGAGUAGAAGAGUGGUUUGAUGGAAUUCGGGAGGUUUUGGCUUCUGUGAAGCAGACUGUGUUUGCUUUCUUACCAUUUUAUUGAUGGACCUGGAUCAUGUCAUGAACUUUCCCAGCGAAACUAGUUGCCCGAGCUCCCUGUGAGUUUUUGGCUCCAGACUACAGCUCGCCACGUUUCUACCCAAACUGAUGUGAAGCCAAAUAACGAAUGCGGGACUCCUGCCACAUACAAAAGGCACUUCUUUAUUAUUCAAUAUCCGUAACUGGGAAGCAUGAAGCGGUCUUUUCUUUGUACUAGGUAACCUGGCCUGAAUCUUUGUACCCUUCGCCUAUUGUUCUGGGCUAAAGGAACAGAAAGUGUCUACUGUUGAAAGUAGCUGGAACAACAGGAUUGUGUUUGUAAAAGGGUGGACACUGGAUAAGAAAUUAUUUUUAUAUUAAAAAAUAGGUGUUGUAUAUAAAAUAGAUAGUAACUGAUAUUACUGAUUCUACAUACCAGAGCUGCCUUAGAGAUAAUAAUCUCACUUUACUAAGUCAGUAGUUAAUGAGUAAGCCUUGGUAAUGUAUUGCCUUUGAGCUCUCUCAAAGUAAUCUCACUGUCAUUUCACUAGUUCUCCAUCACCUGCUCAUUACCAACUAACAGGAUACCCAAUUUCCCAGUACACUAGUACCGAUUCAGGUAAAGCAAGCAGUUCAAACGCCUGGCAGAGUGUAAUCGCUUAUUGCUAAUGGAAUGAAAUGCAGGAGGUUAUGCCUCAGUCAUACAGAGUACUAAUGAGACCACACCUAGAGUAGUAUGUAGUUUUGGUUUGCAUAUUUAAGGAAGGAUGCUAAUGCUUUCAAAGCAGUCCAGGAAGGGUUUACUGGACUAAAUUAAUGCACUUUGGUAGAAGGAAUAAAGGCAUAGACAAUUUUCUGAAUGGGGAGUGAAUUCAGAGACUGGAUUUGCUAAGGGACCUGGGAGUCCUAGUACAGAAUUCCCCAAAGGUUAACUCAUGGAUUGAGUCUGUAGUAAGGAAGACAAAUGCAAUGUUAGAAUUCAUUUCAAGUGAACUGGAAUAUAAAAGCAAGAAUGUAAUAUUGAGGCUUCAUAAGGCAUUGGUCAGACCACACUUGAAGGUAUUGUGAGCAGUUUUGGGCCUCUUAUGUAAGAGAGCUGAUGUGCUGACAUUGGCAAGGUAACAGCGGAGUUUCACGAGAAUGAACCCAGGAAAGAUAGGGUUAACACAUGAAGAGCAAUUGAUGGCUCUGGGCCUGUACUCAUUGGAGUUUAGAAGAAUGAAAGGAGAUGUCAUUUAAACCUAUCGAAUAUCGAAAGGCCUAGAUAGAGUGAACAAUGAAGAGGAUGUUUCCUAUAGAAGUCAAGGACCAGGGGGUACAGCCUCAGAAUACAAGUACAUUCCUUUAAAAACAGAAAUGAGGAGAAAUUUCUUUAACCAGAGGGUAGUGAAUCCAUGGAAUUCAUUUUCACAGACAGCUGUGGAGACCAAGCUAUUGGGUCUGUUUAUAGGUUCUUGAUUAGUAAGGGUGUCAAAAGUUAAAGGGAGAAGGAAGAAAAAUGGGACUGAGGGGGAUAAUAAAUCUGCCAUGAUAGAAUAGCGGAGCAAACUCGAUGGGCCAAACGGCCUAAUUCUACUUCUACAUUUUAUAUUCUUCCGGUGAACUGUGAAAUGGGCAGGUUGUCUCGUAAGGAAAGGCUGGGCUCAUAUCCACUGGAGUUUGAUAGAGUGAAACACAAGGCAGAUGGUGGACGUGGAACUCCUGAUGGCAGUUGAUGGUACCUGAUGUACUCCAGUAGGCACAUACAGGGUAGGCAGUCAGAAUCUUUUUUCCCAGGGUAGAAAUGUCAAGUACUGGAGGACAUUGGAUUCAGGAUGAGAGAGGGAGAGCUUUACGGAGAUGUGCGGGGCAUGUUUAUGUACACAGAGAGCAACAGAGCCUGAAACUGGCUUCAAAAGGGUAGUGGUGGAAGCAGAUGAAAUAUUAGCAUUUAAGAGGCUUUUAGAUAUACCAACGAUUAUGCAGGAAAUGGAAGGAUAUGGACAGCAUACAGGCAGAAGAGGAGUAGCUUAAUUCAGCUUAACACACAAAAAAUGCUGUAGGAACGCAGCAGGUCAGUCAGCAUCCAUGGAGAGGAAUAAACAGCUGAUGUUCUAGACUGAGACUCUUCAACAAGUGAUUGGUGCAGGCAUCAUGUUCCUUUGAACAAUUUAUGCCCCAGACACCUGUCCAACCCUGGAUGUCUCAGCAGCAGAGGAUAGGGGUGACAGUGAACUAUGUCAUUUGGCAGAGCGGAAAUCUGUAAGCAUCCUUCUAGAAAUAAAAGAUCACUCCUAAAAUAUUCCUGAAGAUCUGAGACAAACCAGUUCUUGGCCAUUUUCUUUGGAACUUCUAUGGAAUUUUGAGGUGUUUUAGUUUCCUAAGGUGUAAAGUAAAUAAACAAUUUAACAACUAUAGAAUAGAUCACUAUUAUAAUACUUUCAUAGUGCUUACAUUCUGGAAAAAAGCCAUGUUAAAGUGCUUCCUUACCAUGUUCUUUUGCUGAACAUUGGAAGGCCGAUGUUCCAGUGUUAUAUUGGAAAUUACAACAGGAUGAUGUGCCAGUGUAAAGAGUUGGCAGAAGCUGGAUUCUGAAUUAUGGGUUCCUUUGUCUGAAAAUUAAACAGUAUGUACAGCACAC